AGAGGUGUCGUCAGGCGUUUCAUCCUAUCACUCCCAGAACGAACACUAAGAGUGCGCAUGCGCAUUUUUCAGAAAGCUUUGCAUGAUACUUGGUUCACAAAUAUCAAAACUCUUAAUUGAACAUCGUCGCAUUCAGGACUAUAUGGUAGUUGUGGAUUAUGUAGUUAUGAACGUACAUACAAAUUAAGGAAACUUCUUCUACAAACGUUGAAACAUUUAGAUCAAGUGCUAUCCUGGCUUUUCACCGAGUGAUUUUCUAGAAGUCCGUUAAUGGUUGGACGGUUAUUUUACAUCGACUUCCGACGACAUCAUACACCAUUGAUUGGCCUACCAAUAUGGGAAACAUAAAACAGCUUGGCGUAUUUCUUUUGGCUGUCCUGUUGACUUCGGAAUUAGGUAUGUACGGUAACAUAGCUAUGGCAUCAUGGUGGAUACAGGGGACAGGGCCUGCAGGAUCAAUCUCGGACUACAACCAUACAUUUACGACAAGGACACCCACUGACAUGAGCUGUGUUAUUGCGUGUAAAAGAAGCCCAUUUCCAUGUUCCAUGGUCAGCUAUAACACAACCAUACAGGAAUGUCAAGGGUACGAGCCCAUUCAGCAACAACUCAAAGAGCCGGACAAUAACACGAUAUGGACACUUGUAGAAAGACCCAUUUUCUGCAGAGUACCUGGGUAUGAUUUUCAUCCAGCCUUCCACACGUGUAUCCGAAUGUACAACGUCAAAGUCACGUGGUCCGAGGCUGAGUCGUUGUGUAGGAAGGACACAGCGUAUCUCAUCGUUGUGGACAGCUGGGUAAAAAUGGAUGCCUUCUCGAAUACCUUUCCAGGGUUCUACGGAUGGAUUGGACUACGUGAGUACGUUACUACGGUAGAUGGUAGGAAUUUCGAGUGGAUUAACGGACAAUAUCAAACUGAAAACAGCUCCCUCUGGGGUCCGGGAGAUCCAAGCUCUUCCAUCGAGCAAUGCGUAGAUAUUGGAUAUCACCAAGGCAGAUUAAAUGACAACUACUGUGGCGUCAAGCUGGACUACAUAUGUCAGCAAGAUCUAUAAAGUGUCAUCAUUAAAGUCUAGAAAUGCGCCGACAAUGAAAAUAUUGUACCACGUGACAAUACAUCUAUCGCGUGAUAUAUAUCUUGGUAAAACGAAUUUGAAAGAGAACAGUAGUUUUAUGUAACUGCAAAGAGUGUAAAUGUUGUAUGACAAUUAAGUGAAAUAUUGGAACCCGUUGUUUAGGAAGGGCAUGUUAAAAUGAUGGUAUAAAGACUACCAUGUAUACAUAUUCACGAAUAAGACGACUUUCUUUCAGGACGUUUUCCCGUUAUUGAAAAAUAAGAAAAAAGUUAAAAAAGCAAUUACUUUGUUUAUUGUGUAUGCUGUAUACAGCUUAACAUAUCUUGUAUA